AUGUCCGUUACCGACGCAACUGACUGGCACAUGGGUCGCUCUGUGGCCCAGUUCAUAAGCAACCAAGCCGAAGGGAACCUCGUGCUGGACUUGUAUCCACAACAAUUUGUCAAAGAGAUGCGCAGAAAGACAGGAGCCACUUUCUUCAUGUGCAAACACGAGAUUCCAACUUUGAUAUAUGGGCAAGACCCCAAGAACAAGAUGUCCUCAGUCUCCGUUGCUCUAAAAGGGACGAUGCUUCCAUUUAUGCCCAACUUGGCAGGAAAGAGCAACGCCUUCAAUACCAGCACAGGUUGCAACGGGGAUAGUGAUCAUCCAUCAGUGAGCACAUGGCGCAUACAGCUUGAUGGCAGUGUUGUGCUUUCAGAGGUAUGCAGGAUUGCAUCAAGCCCUAAAAGGGGCCAUUCGAUGGGCAUUCUCGACGGCUAUUCGGUUACCAUCCAUGGAAAUGACCCACGCGACCAGCAAGGACUGUUGGUUGCCAGGAUGCCUGUUACAGAGAUUCAGGAUUGGCUCGACAAGUUUCCUGGCGAGGCCUAG